CCAAGGUAAACAGUGGCAGCAGUGUUUCCAGCUGAAUCGCUCAGUGUGUAUCCUCAGCAGCUUGGAGUAAAUGUAAGAGUCUCCAUUCAUAUCCGUCGCUCCUCGCAGAGAGACGAGCACUUUAUCCAGUGCUCAGGACCAAAUAUUGGGCGGUGGCACAUUUCAAUAUUUAUCUGAGGCACAAGUGAAGGAGACGUAUUGUGUCCCGUGUGAAUUGCAGCCACUGGUCUCUUCAGAGCCGGGACGUGGAUUGUGUUUGUGUGUACAAUAGAGGUUCUGAUAGCGGCUAUCUCAGGAACAAUGAGCGGUCUGUGGAGAGCAGGACAUAUGGUACGAAUCAGCAACAGUUGGGGCCAAUUUCUUCUCAUUGUGCUCCACUCAGACAAUAUAUUUAAUGGUGUCAUUACAGACCCCACACACACACACACACACACAAACACACACACGAGGACUCUCCUACUCUGAUCUCUCACUUUCAUGGGUUAGGUUUGGAUUGUUUACUUUGGUUUAGGACUCAUUGUAGUCAUGAACUAGAUUCACUACACAAUCAAAUCCACUUAUUAUCAAAGCCAGCAUCACUCUUCUUUAUAAGUAACCCUAUUAAAUAGGCUCCUGUGUUGGUCAUCUGACAAUGUUUGCUGGCAAUAUAUCUGCAUUUUCCUCAAUGUUUUAAAGAAAAUUCUGCGAUUGGCAUUUUAGAACCUGGAGCCAGUGAACUUUUGGCAUUUUCCUUUUUAAAGAAACACUUAAACAAGGAAUUGAUUAUCAUAAAACAGUCUUCAGUACGCAGCUGUUUAAGGACAUUAGUUAGCCUAAACGUGUCUAUAUUUGGGCCUCUUUUCUUUAUCUUUUCUAGAUGUACGUCUUCAGUAGGAGCCAAAAGCCGCAGUCAGAGUAUUAAUAGAAAGAUGAACACAUCGCUGGUUUUGGUCUUUUCAUGGGAUUUGUUGACGAUAAGAAAAUGAUAAAACACCACCGUCCUUGUCCUUUUAACAUUUAAGUGGAAUAUGCGGUGGAUCUCUGCUCCCAUUCCCCACUACAUCUUUUCAUCUCUAUAUAUCUUUCUUCUUUGUUUUGUCCCAGGUGUUGGACAAACACAGAGCCAUGGACAGCAUGGUGGAGCUGCUGCAGGUGUACCCCGAGGAGGACGAGGCCUACGGAGAGCUGCUGGAGGCCACGACUCAGCUCUACCACUACCUGCUGCAGCCUUUCAGGGACAUGAGGGAGCUGGCAAUGUUGCGCAGACAGCAGAUUAAGAUCUCCCUGGAGACGGAGCGUCUGGGGCCCCGUCGAGUGGAGGGCCUGAGGAAGGAGGACGAGGAGUGGCAGAAGAAGGCUCACGCCGCCGUUCUGUCCAUACAGGACCUGACUGUCAAGUUCUUUGAAACCACGACUCGGGCACAGAAAGCUUUGCAUGAGCGGAUGCGCGCCGACCAGAAGAAGUUUGGCAAGUCGGCAUGGGUGGUGGCGGUGGAGCGCAUGGAGCGGCUGCAGUACUCCGUCUCCAAAGAAACCCUGCAGCUGAUGAGGGCCAAGGAGAUCUGCCUAGAGCAGAGGAAGCACGGCCUGAAGGAGGAGAUGCAGAGUCUGCACGGUGGAGAGGACGCCAUGCUGCGCCUGGACCAGCUGGAGGAGCUGUACUACGAGCUGCAGCUGCAGCUGUACGACAUUCAGGCGGAGGUGCUGCGCUGUGAGGAGCUGCUGCUCACCGCUCAGCUGCAGAGUCUCCGGAGGCAAAUGACCGAUGUUGUACCAGAGCGACAGGACGAGGUCGUUUACUACGACGCCUUUGAGAGCCCCGAUGCCAUGAAGGGCGACGAGGACCCGGCGACCCCGCCGCCGCCCCUCAGAGAAGAAGAGAUCAGCGUCCUGCAGCAGAGGACGAGGCAGCUCGAGGCCCGCAGGGGCCGCAUCACCGCCAAGAAGGUCUACCUCAAAAACAAGAAGGAAAUCUGUAUCGUCAAUCACAACCAAAAGAUUCAACAGCGACAAGGUAGCCAUGUGUCCCUACAGACACUGCAACAGGGAGGUGAAGCCGAGGAAGACAAUGAAGCCAAGAGCAACGCCAGAGUGAGUCAGGACAGGCAGAGGACUCUGGACCGACUUCGCAGCCUGAAGCAGCGUUAUCCCGGCCAGGUGACCCUGAAGUCCAGCCGGCUGCGUCUGAGUCAGCCUCCCGGCCGGAGGAGGUCCGGCCAGCAGCACGGCACUCACUCGGCCAGCGUUCAGACCGACUGCAUCUCGGAUCUCCCAGAACUCUCUGCUCCUCCUCCACCUGACGCCUGCAGCUGCGACAGCAUCUCUCUGCCUACGGUUCAACUCGAUAACCUCGACUCUUCGCCUCCUUUCCUCUCGCUGCCUCUGUCACUGGGUGCUCCUCCUCCUCCACCACCUCCCCCUCCUCCACCUCCUCCCUCAGAGGACCAGCAGGGUGAGGGCAGGGAGGGUAACCCCAGCCCGGUGCGGCGUCUUGAAUGCGAGUCCGAAUCUUCGUCUCUGCCUCUGGCUCCGUUUUCCCCUCGCUUCUUUGACAGCAGUCAGCUGCAGACGGCGAGGAAGAAGCUGAAGAAGACGGCCUCGCUGGACUCGUCUCAGUGGAGGAGAGCGAGCUCCCCCAUGGACGAGGUGCUGGCGUCGCUGAAACGCGGCUGUUUCCACCUGAGGAAGGCCGAGCUGCGGGUCCUGGCCCCGGACCCGGACGACGACGGCGACAACAUCCUGGCUCAGAUCCGGCAGGGCGUCCGGCUGAAGAAGGUGCGGACCCGGCCGGAGCAGCAGCGCCAACACAGGAGCUUCACCCACUCGGCCGACGCUCUGACCCGCAGCAUCCACGAGGCCCUGAGGAGAAUCAAAGAGGCCUCGCCGGAUUCCGAGUCGGAGGACGAAGGCCUGCCGUGCACUGACUGGGAAAACUAGCUAUUGGAAGUUUUUAUUUUUACGGAUACGUGGAGCCAAAACGAAGAGGAAACAAGCGGACAAGCCGGGGUUAAAUCACCUGGAGGUAGCUUGGUACAAUUUGAACAAAAACACUUGAUUUUCUUCUUUUUUUAUAUAUCAGAAAACCGCUCAGAAGUAUGUCGUUGUUUUUUAUUCAUACUUCUGUGGGUCGUUUGUAAAGAUGGACCACUAAUCUUCUUUUUUUUUUAAGUCGUUGCUGUGGCAUCCUCGGCGAGGAUACAACCUCUGACCUCUCAUCAUGUCGUCUACAUGUCAGAGUCGUACUGUAGCUUGCUGUGAUGGGUUUGUUUUAGGAAGUGAGUAUUUAGUUUUUUACGUUUCUCUCUCUCUUACAUCGACACAGUAAGCGUUCACUGAAUACGCGUGCUGUACACUUUUACAUUCAACCACGCGACAACCAUCCAUACUGUAUAUUUCACUGCAUAGAAACGUUUAUGCAGAGGAGGAUCAUUCCCACUUCCUUGAAGUAAUCGUUUGACAUUUUAGGAGAUAGAGCUGCUGGCUGUAGCUUCAUAUUAUACAGAAAUUCUCAGCAAAAUGGGCCAAUAAGUAUAUUUCCCAAAAAAUGUCAAACUACUACUUUCAUUUCAUCAUCCUAGUAGGAAGAAUGUAAAAAAACUGGCUUUGAUUUGUGUAUUUAGCAAAUCAGUCAUGCUUGUUUUUAGCAUUUUCACUUUAAAAAUGAUAGAUAUAUUCUAAAGAAGGUUGCAUAUAGAGGUCUAUAUGACUUAACAAUAUUUUAGGGGAAGGACAUCAAAGUCCAUUUCAAUCUCCGUCAUCGGUUCUGGAAACAACAGGAAGUGCUGACACUAUGCUUUUAAUGGUGCCAAUUUGCCAAAAAUGGGGCUCAAAUUGGUUCCCACAGUGUGACUCACUGACUCCAUGACAUCGUACUUCCUGUUUACAUCUCCCAAAGCAUCAUGGGAAAUGUAAUUCCAAAACCAAGAGCAGGUUUUCUAAUAACAGGAGUGACAAAAACCCAUAAAUAUCUACAUAUUCGUGUUCGGAACUUUGAAAGUUUAACACGCUGUAGCUGACAAGUGAGAGUUUAUGUUAGAAUACGAUCCAAAUAAACCGUUUACCUGAUUUACUGUUUACCCAACAACACAGGAUCAGACCGUUGGAAGAUCAGCUGGUUCACAAACACCAACACUGGACAUAUUAGCACACAAACACCUGUCGGUUUUAUCUGAUGCAUAUUCAUAACAAAUUAUAUCUGUUGACUUGUGCAUCCAAGGACGCCAUUUUGACCGGGUCAGUAUUUUGACAAAGUAUAUUAUAUAUAAAAUAUAUAUAUAUUCAGCACCAAUUGAAAUAUAAAGGAUUACUUGAAUAUAGCUUUUGUCGUUUUCUCUGAAACUCAAAAGGAUGGAUGAAACAUUUUAAUAUAUGAAGAGUUCUCCUCUAAUGAAUAAUAACGAUCGCCCCCCGUUAUCAUACAUUUAAUUACCGAUAAAUCACAAUUCAUGACCCAAAAACAUACAAAAGAAUAUUUUUUUUAAUGGAGCUCUACUCUGCUGGAACAAUUCUGCAGAAUACAAAGUAUUUAAAUGAUUGUUCUAGUAAUUUCUCUAAAGCAGAAUCUGAAAUGAUUCUCUGGUUGAAGCUCCUAAAAUGUGAUGAUUUGCUGCUUUUAUCUGUUUUACAUCACUUUCUGUUUCUUGGGACAAAAGAAGCCAUUUGAAAACGUUGCUUUGUGAGCAUCUUUCACUAUUUUAAAGACUCAGCGAUUAAUCGAUUACUUGAGAAAACAACCUGCAGAUGCCCCCCCCCUCUAUUUAUAUACUUUAAACACACGCGUGUAACAAACUCCAGGAUAUCUGGUUCGGAUACAUGAUGUAGAAGCUUCUCCUUGCAGCAUAUUUGAAGCCUGUCUGCUGGGCCGAGCUGAAGUCUGAGGCUUCAUCGCCCUCUGCUGGUCGACAUUUACACCACGUGAUCAUUUUAUUAACCCGAGAGUCUUCUCUCCUUCCACUGCCUUCAAACAUUCGUUUUCCAAGCUUGUUUACUUAUGGAGUUGGUGUGUGUGUGUGUGUGUGUGGGUUUUAUACCAGUCUCUUUAUUAUGUGUUAAACUGUGUCAAACCUGUCUUCAACUGAAUCUCACCCUUAUUCUCCUGUAUUUAACAAGUAAUGCACUGAUGGUUACAUUUAACAGGAACAGUUUGACUUUUGUUGGGGUGGAAAUUCAUUCAUUCAUCUUAUUUCAGGCCGAGAGUUUGAUGAGACGGUUACAAAUACACUCGUGUCUGAGCUACAGCUAGCCGAUGGUUAGCUUAGCUUAGCUUAAAGAGUGGAAACAGGGGGAACUGCUAGCCUAGCUUUGUUUAAAUGAAAAACCUAGAAGCUACCGUUGCUCUGUAUUGGCCGGAUGUAUGAGUACAUAAGCGUUUGCUAACAAAGAAAGGUGAUAAAAUGAGUGUUGUGUUUAAUUAUAUUAAUAAAUCUGACACAUAAUACUCCUUUAAACCACUAAACUGUAGUUUUACACUUUUGGUUUAAACAAACACGGUAUAACGUGUUAAUUAGGGAGGUUUUGAGUCGCUGGUAGCCGUUAGCUUUCGACAGAGCAAGGCUAGCUGUCCUCCCCUGUCUUUAUGCUAAGCUAAGCUAAUCGUCUUCACAUUUCACAUUAAAACGUGUCAAACUGUUCACUGUGAACAUAAUGGAGUUAAACAGCUGUCGUUUAAAUAGAGAAACUGUUGCUAAGUGUUAGAAAUCAUCGUGACUCUUGAACGUGUUGCAUGCAGUGCAACGACAUCGUGGCUCAAACUGUGCUUCUCUUCCAUCCACGGAGAUCUUUAAUGAUAUUUAACAUUUUUUACAUCAUGUGUAACAGUAAAACUUGGCAGCAGAUAUUGGCUCAGUGACAGUAACUCCACACUGCUCUUAUUUUGUAAUUUUAUUUGAGCUUAUUAAACCAUUGUGCUUUUGACAAAAACCUGUUUUUUAAACGUGCAGAAUACGACACUAGUUGAACCUUUUACGACCUUAUGCAUGUGACGAACCCAUCACAACGUAAGUGCAAUAAUUAAGAAGAAAAGUCAUUUUUAUGAAUUAAAAUACUGUAAUGAAAUGUAAAAUUAUAUCCGCAUGCCUAAAUGUAUUGAAGUAUUUAUUGAAACUUCAUAUUUUAAAAUGAUUUUUAAAAGCAUACAAAUGUAAAUGUACUUUAUAAAGUUUUCUUUUUUGUUGCUCUUUUUGUUUCCUAUCAUGACAUUCCUCUCUGCUUUCUAUAUCCUGAUUAUAUUUCCCUUUCAAAAUAAAAUUAAGCACCAACAUGUUGUCUUAGAA